CAUGACAGCCCUGUCGGAGGAGGUGCUGCUGGUGGUGAAGAAGGUCCGGCAGAGGAAACAGGAUGGUACUCUUUACCUGAUGACCGAGCGCAUAGCCUGGGGUCCAGAGGGAAAAGAUCGCUUCACUGUCAGCCACCCGUAUGCUGACAUCCGUUGUCAGAAGAUCAGUCCAGAUGGCAAAUCAAAGAUCCAGCUUCAGUUGGUGUUACACACAGGAGAGAGCACGACCUUCCACUUUGCCAAUGAAAGCACGGCUCUGAAGGACAGGGAUGCUGCCAAAGACCUGCUGCAACAGCUCCUCCCCAAGUUUAAAAAGAAAGCUAACAAAGAACUAGAGGAGAAAAACAGGAUGCUGCAGGAAGACCCAGUACUGUUUCAGCUCUAUAAAGACCUGGUAGUGAGUCAGGUUAUCAGUGCGGAAGAAUUCUGGGCCAAUCGGUUAAAACUAAAUGCUGUAGAUCACUCCAUGUCCAAUAACAAUAAUCAGGAAGUGGGAAUAUCAGCGGCUUUUCUGGCAGACAUUAGGCCACAGACUGAUGGAUGUAAUGGAUUAAGAUACAACCUAACCUCUGACAUCAUCGAAUCGAUUUUCAGAACAUACCCUGCAGUCAAACAGAAAUAUGCUGAAAAUGUGCCUCACAGCAUGACAGAAAAGGAAUUCUGGACACGCUUCUUUCAGUCACACUAUUUCCACAGAGAUCGCAUUAGCACUGGUCAGCAGGAUAUCUUUUCUGAAUGUGCCAAACAAGAUGAGAAAGGUUUAAAGUCUAUGGUUGUUCAAGGUGUUAAGAACCCUAUGGUGGAUCUCCAGUCCCUCGAGGAUAAAAUGUUAGAUGAGGGCUACGGCUCAUUAACGGUUCCCUCAACGUCCAACUCCAGUAAAACGGUAAAAGAGAAUAGCAACUCUGCCAUCAUCAAACGCUUCAACCAUCACAGUGCCAUGGUGCUGGCAGCUGGUCUACGCAAAGUAGAAGCACUGACUGACCAGGCCAGUGAGACCAGUGGGACAGAUGGGAAUUCCAGAGACUCGGACUGCUUUCAGCCACCGAUUAAAAAGGUGAAAUUGCAAGAGGCUAUUGAGUAUGAGGACUUGGAGAAUGAAUCUGGGCCUAAAACAAUUGCCUUGAAUCUUAAAAAAUCUGACCGGUAUUCACAUGGUCCAGUUCCCCUCCAGUCUCAACACUACUCCACAAGCCAAGACAUCAUCAAUUCAAUCAGCUCAAUAAGGGAGGAGAUGAGCUGCUACAAACCCUGCCUUACUCAGGUGAUGUCCAGCAGUGCAGCUAGUUCAGCUAUAACAGCUCUUUCACCUGGAGGAGUUUUAAUGCAAUCUGGACCCCAACAGACCAUCAGUCAGUUGGUACCAGGUGAUGUUCAGAGUGAACUGAAGCACUUGUACACAGCUGCAGGAGAACUGCUACGACACUUCUGGUCCUGUUUUCCAGUCAACACGCCCUUCCUGGAGGAGAAGGUGGUUAAGAUGCAGUCCAAUCUGGAGAGAUUUCAGUCAACCAAGCUCCACCCAUUCCAUGAGAAGAUCCAACGGGAAUACAUAAGCACCAACCUGAUCAGCCAUUUAGAAGAGAUGAUACAGGCUGCCUAUAAUAAGUUCCAUGCUUGGCAGACACGCCGUAUGAUGAGAAAAACCUGAGGGAAGAGAAACCAAGCCAUUUCAUGUAUAAGAGGAGGACAAUAUAUGAGAGGUUGGAAAGAGGGAGAGAGAACAGAGUCUCCUUUUAGAGCAGCUAGGUUUCCUCACCUAGCGACAGAAGUGUUAGUGGGGUAAAAUCCCACUGUGCCUAGAUGUACAGGACUCUGGGUUUUCUUUAAAUCAAUCCAUUUGGAGACGGCCCGCAACAUCGAUAACUGUACUUUUUUUUUUUUUUUCUUUUUUCUUCAAUAACUUUUUUUUUUUUUCUGUUUAACUUUUUUUCCCUCUCUUACCUUCAGUAAGUAAGAUAUCUGGCUUCCUGGCUGGAAUCAAACGUGCAUUAAACAGUGUUGAAUUCAUGACCAAACUGUGGGCUUAAUACCAGAGGAAGUAUUCUCAGGAACAAAAAAUGUUCAAUGCAAAUGACUUUGUGAGACUUGUGGAACACAGCACAGGACUCCAAGAUAAGAGGGAUAUUUUACGGCCUAAACCAUGUCAGUGCAAUGCAGUAUAGUUCUGUAUACACUUUGUGUUCACUGGAAAGCCAGAAACCCAAGGCAGAGUGGAAACAUGAAUAAAGCAAUAUUGUAUAAAUUCUUUCAGAUGUGUAUUACUGGUAUGCAACUUGCAAGUUGUACUACUUUGUCUAUUUUAACUGCACUGAAGACAGGUUUCUGGAUAUUGGGAAAAUAAAAGUCAGUAGGACUCCUGAUGUGUU